UCAGUCGGUGCUCAAUAUGUAAAGUAAUUUAAAACUUCAAGAGAACAUUAAUUAUUAUAACAACAGUUUAAUAUAAUUUUAAUUAUCUAGUUUGAUCCCAAAUGAUUUCUUGAUUUAAAAUUUAAGUUAUUUUUUAAAAACAAUUUAAUUAGUUAAACAUGUCCGUUCGCAGAUCUACAAGGCAUUCAAUUAAAGAAUGCGUAGAAGUUUCCGAUGAUGAUAUAGAAAAUUAUUGUAUAAAUACUCCAAGAAGGAGAACCUCAUCAAAUAUGUUAAAAAAAGCAAGCAUGAGUGAGCAUCGUACACCAGUUUCAAACAAGAAGCGUCAGACAAAAGAUUAUGAAAAUGAACAAACCCAGAGCUUAGAUGUUUCACCUCCGAAACAACCAAAAUUUACAAAAUCACCUGAAAGUCUUUUUAGUCCUUCGAGAUUAAUCGAAAGGUUAAGCAUAGAAGAUGAAGAUGAGGAGGAGUCUGAAGAAUAUAAAAACAUUGCAGUAGUAGAGGCGCCCAAGGCAAUCAAUAAGUAUCAUAAUGCUAGUAAAGUGCUAAGCAGUGGCGAAACUAAUAUAUUGCCUGGGCGUGAAAAAGAAUUUGCAGAGUUAGAACAAUUUUUGAAUCAACAUAUUGAAAAUGAGACCUCCGGAAGCUUAUAUGUUUCAGGGCAACCUGGGACUGGGAAAACUGCUUGCAUUUCAAAAUUGUUGAAAUGUGAAAAAUUUUCUCAAAAGUUGAAUAAAGUUUACAUAAAUUGUACAUCGAUUUCAACAGUUGCCAGUAUAUACAAAAAAAUUAAAACAGAACUUAAAAUUAAAUCAGCAGGAAAGACUGAAAAAGAAAGUUUAGCAGCAAUUGAAAAGUAUUUGAAAAGUAAUCAUAAGCAAAUAUUAUUAGUUUUGGAUGAAAUCGAUCAACUAUGUAACUCUAAACAAUCAGUUUUGUAUACAAUAUUUGAAUGGCCUUCAAAAACGCACCAUAAAAUUAUAUUAAUUGGUAUAGCAAAUAGUUUGGAUUUAGUUGACAGAUUGUUAGUACGAUUGAAUGCUAAAUGUAAUUUAAGACCGAAAUUAAUGAACUUUUCGUCAUAUUCUAAACAACAAAUAAUUGAUAUUUUCAAAUCUCGAUUAGAAGAAGCUAAUGUUAUAGAUAUCUUUCCGCCAGCAACAAUUCAAUUACUUGCUGGAAAAGUUGCUUCAAUUAGUGGUGAUAUAAGACGUGCUCUCGAUAUUGGUCGAAGAGUAAUUGAAAUGGCUGAUAGAGAUGGUAAAACAGAUAUAAAUAUAAAAGACUUGGAUUUAGCUAAUGCUACCCCAAAUGAAAAUGAAUCAUCUAAAAAGAUCAUACCAGAUGAUAAUAAAGAAAAAAAUAAACCAGUUCAAGUAAGACAAGUUGCUUCUGUCUUAAAUAAUGUAUAUGGAACAUCUCAGACACUUAAUAAUGACUCUGAUUAUAAUUUUCCUUUGCAACAAAAAAUUUUAUUGUGCAGUUUACUUUUGAUGUUACGAAAAUGUAAGAAUAAAGAUAUUACAGUUGGUCGUUUACAUGAUGUUUAUAGACGAGUGUGUGCCAAACGAAAUAUUCAAUCAGUUGAUCAAGCUGAGUUUGCAAGUUUAUGUUCACUUGUUGAUACAAGAGGUAUAAUUAGAUUAAUAGCAAAAAAGGAACCAAGAUUAAGUAAAAUUACCUUGCAAUGGGAUCAAACUGAAGUUACAGAUGCAUUAAAAGAUAAACAAUUGAUUGCAACGAUUUUAGAUGACGAUUCCUGUUUGGGAGGACGUUGAUUUUUAAAGUAAAUUUUUUAAAAUAAUAUAGGUUAAAAAUUUGUAACUGGACAAUCCAUUUUAGUUUUAUAAAUUUAUUUUAAUUUAUUUAUAAUUUUUUUUUUUUUGAAAAUCAAAUUAUUAACCCAAUAAUUCUUGAUUGACGUAAACAUAAUAAAAAUGAAUUUUCAAAAAUAAUUUAAAAAAUAUCAA